UCGACGAGCUAUCACGCUUUUGACAUCAUAGACAAAGACAGCACUACUACCGAGAGAAGAGAAACGGUCAAACCUAAAGAUCACAUCGGAGUAGCCCCAACACACGGAUACAUUCAGAAACAACCAAAGAACUAUUUCUUUGAAUCUGUUUUAACUUUUCUAUGCUUUCCACCUACUGCAAUUGCUGCUGUUUUCUUUGCAUUAAAGGUUAAACGUUUGUGGAGCUUAUAUAAUUAUCCUGCAGCAUACAAUGCUUCAAAGAGAGCAAGGAAUCUCGCACUUAUUUCGUUUUUAUUUGGACUUAUUAUGUGGAUUGUGUUAUUGACACUGUGGAAAAUAAAAUUCAAAAAGUGACUAAAACCAAAGUAAAACUGCUUCUACGACAGAAAUUGCAGAUUUUAGUUCCUUAUACAGACUUGCAAUUAAAACCAAGAACGGAUAAAAAAAAAACAAAAUGUUGCUAAAUAAAUUAUUGUCACUGAGAACAAUACUAUUGUAUUGAGAACUUCCUUUUUAAUAUGCACGUGAAAACAAUAAAGGUCUUGUAUUUAUCUGAUGUAUGAGGGACGUGUGUAGAAGUGUAUCUCCUUUCCUGACGUUCUUUGGUUGAGCAAAUUAUCAUCGAUUAUGCAGUUUGGAUUCGGUGGAUAUCAGAAUUAUGAUGCAGAGCAGAGUGAUAGAGAAAAGAAAAGGCUUAAAAAGAAAGAACCAGAGACAGGACUGGCUGAUCAGUUUGGCUACAUCCUAACUUCACCAAAGGAUUACAAAGCGGAAGCCAUAUUUGCCACCAUUUUCUGCUGCCUUCCAAUAGGACUGGUGGCUCUAUUUUAUUCUACAAGAGUAAAACAUCACUACAAAAACAACAGACUGAUAGCUGCCUACUCCUCGUCCAAGGUUGCACAGGUUCUCAGUAUUGUUGCUACGUUAAUCGGACUGCUAUUGUGGCUUGCUGGUGUUAUCGCUCUUGUGGUGUUAAAAUAAUUUCAGUGUCCAGAUUAAGAACAUGUGUAUUAGGAAGAAAUAACAAAUAAUGACAUUAAAUUAAAAUACAUUUAUGAAUGUGUGAUUGAAAAAUGACUUGUAUAACAUCUCCUUAAUUUAAACCAAUAUAUUAUAAUUAUUCUGUACAAAAGUAUUUAAAGUAUUUAAAACAAAAUAAAAUCACGAUAUUGUAAAUACAUGUGUAUCAUA